UCCAAAUCUUAGAGCUCCGAGAGCACCUUGUCAGAGAUGCUGGUGCGCUUCGGAAGGCGUAGUGGACAGAGGAAGGAAAGCACGGGUGAGCUAACCUGGCCCAUAACCGCAUGAAGAUUGUUUCAGACCCCCGGGCAUGGGGAAUAAAGAACUCUGAAGAAGAUCAAGUUCUCUAUCCCCCUCUCCUGCCUGGCAAUGUAGAUCUCCGGCAGGUCACCAUAAUUCCACACAAUGAGUGGAAAAGGAUUCGAGACAGCCUUGACGGUUUGACAAGAAAAGCAGCAUGCCUUCGUGCAGAAAGAAAGGCAAAGAAAGAAAUGCACCUCCAAUCCCAAGAAGUGGUAAAACACUGGACUAAUACGUAUGCGGGUAUGAGAAAACAGAAACUUGAAGCCAAAAAGAAGCGUGAUGAAGAAAUAGAGGCAGAGAGACAAAUUCUUGAUGUGGAAGAAGAAAUAUACAAACAAGGAGAAAGAAAAAAGGCCAUCGAAUAUGCAAAGCAAUAUCAAUUUUACCAGACUGACAGAGUGAAAAAAUUUCAUUCAGGGCUGCUGCUUAGCAGAGUUAUGAAGGAACGUGAUGCACAGAUUGAAUCCCAAAAGAGUAGAAUAAAAUCAGAUAACAAAUGGGACGAACAAUCGAAACUCAGCAUUGAAAAAGCUUUUAAAGAAGAACAAGAAAAAGCAGAAAAACGAUACAGAGAUAGAUUGGCUCUUGCCAAUGAUCAUUUAAAACAAAUAGAGGAACAUAAAGAGGAAGAAGAAAGAAGGAGGAGAAGUGAAGAGAAGGAUGCUGAGGAAAUAAAGCGACAGAAUUUAUUAUAUGAACUAGAAAUAAGAGAAAAACAAGAAAAGAAAAAAGAAGAGAUGAAGGAACGAAGGAAACUGUUUUUUGAAUAUAUGAAUGAUAAAAAUAUCAUCAAGGCUGUAGAACAGCAGCAGCAAGAGGAAGAAGAUGAAAAGAUUAGAAAAUUUAUCAAAGCAAAAAAGCGUCUGACACAAAUGAGGAAAGAAAAAGAAGCUGAAACACACAGGCUAAUGGAGGAACGUCGAGAAAGAAUAAAUAAGUUCCUGAGUGACCUAAUAAAACAGAAACUUGACAAUGAAGAUUUGAUUAUUACUAGAGAUAUUACAGAAGCUGAGGCUGAAUGGGAAAAAAGAGAAAGAGAGAAAUAUGAAAAAAACAAAGCAGAAUUAAAAGCUAUUGAAGAAUAUAGAGGCAUUGUGAUGAAAAAUAAAGAGGAAGAAGAAAGACAAAGAAAAACAGAGGGUAAGGAACAAUUGCUGGCUGUCAUGAAAGCAGACCAGAUUUUCUGGGAGCAUGAAAAGGAGAAAAAACGCAAAACUGAUAAAGAACGUCAUGAAGUUCAAGAUGCCCAUGUUCAUCAAAUGGCCAAAAACAAGUUUAAUGCAAAACAAGCAAAACAAGCACAAUUAGAAUAUUGCAGACUUACCGAAGAUCUUGUGAAAGAAAAGGAGCAAGAAUUUCAGGAUUAUGCCAGAGAAGUAAUUGAACUUGAGUCUGAAUCAACAAAUAAAUAUAUUUAUCCUCUUGUGAAAGCUGUCCAGGCAGGCCCUGGAGGUGGCCAUGGGCCAGUUUUUAUGGACAGAGGUGGAAUAAGACCUAGUUAUCAGGCAAAUGAUUGCUCUGGAACCCAGCUCCCUUCUUACACCUGUCAGGGAUCAAAAUAUAAUACUUUACAAAAGUCUAAGGGAAGGCUAGGUUUUACAUGGUAGGAAAGUUUAUUUUUAAGAUGGAGUCUGAACUGUAACUAACAUUGUAAGUUACAAGUGUAAGUGAAUUUCAGGCUCAUAAUUUAAUAAAGCUGCUCUUCACCUAAGUAUAAUCAUGUGUGAUCUUCACCA